CAGUCAAUUGCAUCUUUUGAGCGUGUAUUUGAUUCAGAAACACAAACUACAUUUUCAUAAAUAGUUGCCUCUAAGGAUGGCAACUUAUUUGCGACCAUGUGACAACCACUAGGUUUUUGGGCUGUUAAUGCAAGCGCUGUUUCUCUGACUGCCUGUGCUCUCUGGCUGUGCUGCUAGUGAGAAUCGUUAAGAACGCGCCUCAGAAUUUAACAGCUGCACACAGUGAAGGAUUUGCAAACAUUGAAACGAACAAUAUGAUCCGCAAACAAUAGAAUCGCAAGAUGAACUAUCCGAUACCGUUUCACUGAACUAGUUUUGCAAGGCCUUAUGUGUCAAAGUUUACCUUCACCAGUGACCUACCAAGAUGUCCUGCAAGAACCCAUAACGGCAUAAGCAAUCUCCUAUUGAAAAGUAUAAACCAAUAGCCACAUUAAUUUGACGUCAAAUUUUAAGGAACGUACAAGAUCGAUCACGCAGUUGGGAAGACAUGCCAACUCACCUGUUACUACCAUAUGUGGAGGGUCCUGAUGGGCUGGGCCAAGAGAUUCUGACCAGUAGCAGUAUGCCGGGGACAGGGUCCAGUAUGACACCUCACUACACAACUGCUCAGAAAGCUGAAACAGAGGCAGAGGGAACCCUAGCCUUGUUUUGCAUGUUCUGUGACCGGGCCUUCACUCACCAGGAUGACCUGGGCCCUCAUGUCCUGACUGAGCACCCCACCACCUUGUUUGAACCAGCUGUGUUACGCGUGGAUGCUGAGUUUCGAAUCCCAGGGGAGAGAGCCCGGCCCAAACCUAGCUUACCACCUGUAAAUGAAGAAGUCUUCAAGUGUGUUGUGUGUGAUCAGGUCACAGAUGAUGCUGGUGAAUUGGAGACCCACAUGAGGAAGCACAGGGACCAUUUUACCUACAGUUGUAAUCUCUGUAGCCGGCGCUUCAGGGAGCCCUGGUUCCUUAAGCUCCACAUGAAGAGAAUACAUGGGAGCAAGGGGGGACCAAAGAGCAAGGCCCAGCAGGACCUUGACGCCCCUGUCACAAUCAACAACAUCCCCCAAGAACAAACACCAGAGCCUGUCUCCACACUUUAUAAAAUGUGUAUGGUAUGUGGGUUUUUCUUCCCAGAUAAAGACAGUUUGUUAGAGCACAGAAAAAUGCAUACCAGAGAAGCAGAGCUUGAUGAAGACAGAGAUCCAGAGAGUAUUGCUACUGCCAAGUCCUCGCUCAAUCAGGAAGCAUUUCUUCAGGGUCUUCAGCUUCGCCCUGUAACAAAGUGUUCUGAUAUGCAACCAGAUAAAUACUACAGGGGAAUUGCCCAGCUUGACCCAUUCAACACGUACCAAGCCUGGCAGCUGGCCACAAAGGGCAAGAUAGCAGUUGGUCCAAAUAUAGCAAAAGACAUGGGCCAAGAUGCUAGCUCAGACAAUGAAGACUCGGGUUCAGACAAGGAAGAACUGGGAAAUAUUUGGUCAGAAUCUCAAGGCGACAGGUCUGUUAAAGAGGACUCUGGGAGGCAGCUGAGGUCUAAAAGGCUACUGGGAGCAGAGACCCCGUCACCUGAGCCAGACCAGAGGUCUCUGAUCCGGAAAGACAAGCCAACGCACUGUGAGGACUGUGGGAGGACGUUCAGAACCUACCACCAGCUUGUGCUCCACUCCAGAGUGCACAUGAGGGAGAGGGGUGGAGAGGAAAGCCCCACUGCCUCCUUUGAUGGCAAGAUGUCAAGAGCAGGCUCCCUAGACCAAGCAGAGGAAGGGUCUGAAGAUGGCUCAGAGGAAGGAACUGGGGAUGUCUUUUGUUCAGAUAAAAGUGAAGAUGGCAUUGAUCAGACAAAAGUCAAAACCCUUGCAUCCUCAAGGAUAUGCAGCUACUGUGGAAAAACAUUCCGUUCAAGCUAUUGCCUCAAUGUUCACCUCAGGGUUCACACAGGUGAAAAACCAUUCAAGUGUGUAUACUGUGAUUAUGCUGGCGCUCAGAAGACCUCACUGAGAUAUCACCUGGACAGGCAUCACAAGGACAAACCUUACUUUGAGAUCCCUAGUAGACCAGUGCUGCCAGGGCCCUCUCCUAGUGAGAAAGAAUCCACCAGAAAUAAGGAGGAGAAACAGACCACAAGCAGGUCCAAACUGUGGGUAACCCCCAAGGUUGGGCCAGGAACUAAGUCACGUGUCAAUGCUAAAGGAGAGGACAGGUGUAAUAGUUUGAGUGGUAAGCUUGCCAGCCCUCCUACCAAAGUGACUGCUGAGUGUGGGAAAUUAACUGCUAAGAGUGCUUUCUUUGCAGAAGAUGUCCACAUAAAAUACCCCAUACCUGUCAACCUGAAGAUGGAGCGUAAGGAAAUUAAAGACGAAGACAACGAGGCCCCAUUAAAUCUGUCCUUAAAAGUGUCACUGUCCAUCUCCACCACCUCAGAACCAAGACAUGUGUUAGUUCCCAAAGCAUGUGCAUCUUGCACCUUUAAAACUCUUUACCCAGAGGUCCUACUCAUGCACAAGAAGCUGAUUCAUAAGGAGAAGUCAGACAUGACUAAGAGGAAUGGUAUCAGAGGCAGUGCUAAACUGAAGCGUUACACAGGCUGCCCACCAGCCCUGGAUGGCAAAGAUGUCACACCGCUUCUUCCAAUUGAUAGGAGACAUCCUCGUCGUACCAAGUCACCCACCCCCCAGCCAGAAAAACCUCCAGAGAUGCGUCCCCAGAACCCACCUCAGGUCCCUAAAAGUUCCCCAAUCCCGACACUCCAGAGGGAGUCAGGGCAGGAGGGCAAGAGGUACAGGAGGAUUGAACCUCACACCAGCCAGAACUCCUCCUGGUUUAAAGAGGCAGGGCAGGAGUCCAUCAGCGGUGUGAGCAAAGAUGACUGCUAUGCAGUAGACCGACCAAGCCCACCUGACAGAGUAGGGAUUGGACAAAGGAGCUACUCGGUGAGGAACGAUGUGGUCUGGCCCUCAGAUGCUGCCAGACUCUGUCUCUCCAGCCGGUUUGGCAGUCUGCCUCAAAUGGACUUUGGUGAAACCUCCAGCAAGAGGCCAAAGUACUCAUUGCCCCCCUGCAGGGAAAGUGGCACUGCUGAAACCCCCAGUUUCAGGACAGGGGAUGUGUCCAAAAGACUACCUACCUCAGGCAGGAAAAUGUCACUGCAAGGAAACUCCCCAUCUGAAUGCCCUCAGGCCUUUGCUCCUGUGAGAUCAUCUCCUCCAGCCCCUGGAAGCAUCGACACUGACUGGAACAUGAUCAACAUCCUACGCUCCUACUGCCCCAGUGACCUGGCGUCCCUCUACCAGGUCACAGGGGCCAACCCAAGCCACGGAGGCUUGACCAAUCCUAGGGCAGGGAAUAGAGCUACACUAUAUCAACACCUGCCUACUCUACCUAGCAUACAGAGACGAGACCAUGCCAGUCCCAUCAGCAAUGAUAACUAUGGAGCCACUGACAAAAAAGCCUAACAAUUGUAAUGGUCUAAAGUAUUCUGAUGGUAUCAUGUUGCCACCUGCUUCAGUAGAAGGAAAGCGGUAACUGAUGGAUUAUUUUGUGAUGACCUACUGUGAUCUUUAGAUAAACCUUUAUAAAUUAGCCUACCUACAGUUUACAGUAUGUAUGAUGAUUGACUGUUAAUGUAAUGUAAUGGUAUGGAUGCACUAGAUAGAACUUGUGUAAAGGAAGAACAAAAAAAUCAUACUUUUACAUGUUCAAUUGCGGAUGUCUUGAUCUUUUUUCAUACAUUUUUCAUAGUCAGCAAUACAUUACUACAUUAUUUUGUCAAAGCACUGUCCAAUAGUCUCAGGCCUGACAGUUUACAGUCUUUAUUCACAACAUGUAUGAUGAUAUGCAUCAGACAUUGACUGUUGAAGGUCAAGAAAUGUAUUAUUUUAUCGUCAGAUAAAGCUGCUGUAGCUGUCAUGUGAACUACGACAGACAAUACAGUUUCAGGAUGGAAUAAAAUGUCUGAUGUGCCUCUUUGUAGCGAUCACUGGAUGGACAUGACAGUAUCAUUUUCAGUUGGGAUCAAGUAUAAAGUGCCACACAGAAUUCUGUGUAAAAGGUACACUGGUUACCAGUGGCCUAUUAGUGCCUCAAAACCCACUAUGCUGUAAAACAUGGACCAAAUAACACAAUAACUGGGGUUUUGUUUUGUGUGCAGAACAGUUCUCUAUAACAUUUGUUUUAAACACAAUUGUCUUAUUUACACAGUAUUCAGGACGUUUCUUAUAUUAUUAAGUGUCCUGAGCAGCAACUGAGUAAUUUGUAUCUAGUUUGUGGCAUGUUGACCUGGCUACGUGCCUCAUCAUCGGCCUUCUUGGGGACUGUCUUAUUUGGUGAUAUUGAUGUGGAGGAGGAUAUAAUGGCCUUGCUCAAAGCAUUGUACACUGAUGGAAACAAAUCUGCGAUUGCCUCAGGUUUCAGACUUUUCUUAUUUUCAAGCAAUUUGUGUACUUCAGAUUUAGUAAUCUGGUCUUUUGCCAUUUAUUAUAGAAUUUUGUGUUAAUUUAUUUCCCUUUUUGGUUUUGUUUCUAAUAUUCACAUGUACUUUUGUAAAAAGUGAAAUAUUGUUUAAAUAUGUAUGACAGUUACAAUAUAAUAAAAAAUUAGUCCAUUACA